CAUGACGGGCUGCGCCACACCACCCCGGUCGGUGCGCCCCCAGCCCGAGCCGCCUAUUUAUGCCGUCGCCACCGCCCACCGGCUUCCAUCGACCACCGCACCCGACCACAACCAACCAGAUCAUCGCCGCCUCGCCGGGCAACCAACACCAGCCUAAGCAAGAUGGGUUCGCGGUAUGAGGUGGAGGUGACAGUGGGCACGGCCCGGGACCCCAAGAACGUCAACUGGCGCAACGGCGACCUCAAGCCCUACGCCGUGCUCUGGAUCGACGCCGGCGCCCGCUGCUCCACCCGCGUCGACCUCGACAACAACGAGAACCCCGCCUGGGACGAGAAGGUCGUCGUCCCGCUGCCCCCCACCAGCCGCCUCCAGGACGCCGUGCUCUACCUCGACGUCGUCCACGCCAACGCCGCCGAGGGCGUCAAGCCGCUCGUCGGCUCCGCCCGGCUCCCGCUCCGCGACGUCGUCGACGACGCCGGCGUCGGGAGCAAGGCGUCCAGGAACCAGAAGCUGAAGCGGCCGUCCGGUAGGCCCCAGGGGAAGCUUGACGUCCGCGUCGCCGUGAAGGAGCCGGCGAGGUACUACGAGUCCUACCCGGCGCCCGCGGGGUACGGCUCCUCCCAGCCCGCCGUCCCCUACGGCGGUGGAUCCUCCCGUGAUGCCUAUGGUGGUGGGUACGGCGCUGGUGCUGGCGCGUACGGCGCCGCGGCGGCGCCUCCGUCUGGGUACCCCGGCUACGGCUCCACGGAGCCGGCUCCCCAGGCUGCCGCAUCGUACGGCUCUGCUCCACAGCCCUACGGCGCCGCACCGCCGACACAGGGAGCAGGCGCGUACGGCUCCUCUGCUCCGGCUUACGGCGCCGCGCAACCAGCUCAGGCGGCGGGGUACGGCACGACGGGGGUGGCCCUGGACCAGAGCGGCGGGAAGAAGAAGAAGGGGAUGGGCAUGGCUGGCGGGCUGGCGGUGGGCGCGGCGGCGGGCGUGCUUGGCGGGCUGGCGCUGGCGGGCGGGGCGAGCUACGUGGAGCACAAGAUCGAGGACCGCGUGACCGAGCGCGUGGAGGAGGACAUGUACGGCGGCGACUACUAGGCACAUGGAUGAAUCUUUAUGUUUUGGGUGCAUGAUGUUGAGGGUGAGGGUGACCGAUCGGAUCGGACCGGAGAGUUGACAGACAAGAAGAGAUGUUAUUUUCU